AUGGCUUUGAACAGGGGUUACGAAGAGGAGGACGGAGUCUCUUCGAGUGGACUCAUUUCCGUUCCCAGCGGUGAGGAAAUCACUAGCCAAUCCGAUUUUCAUUUUGUUGGUUGGGAUGAAAGAAAUCAGUGGAAGUAGUGAGAAAAGUUGAAAGCGACUGCUUAUUUCGCGCCAAACACACCUCAUUAACCACAACUCGAAAAAGUCGGACUUGUAUUUAUCCUUUUUCUUUUGUUCAUCCGCUGUUCUCGGUGGUAGGAAAAAAAGACCAGCGAAAAUUCAAACGGCGACUUUUCCGAAUUUUUCAUACCGCUAGGGAACUUUCCGACGGCUACCUUUCCGACGAAUCUUUUUCCGACUUUUUUUUCUCGAUAAAAUCUUCGUUUUUAAUCUUCCUAUAUAAAGUAGGUAGUUGGUUGAUGAUUAAAUCACAAAGAAAUAGGAAAAAAAAAUGUUUAUAGACUUUUUGCAAAUUGAAAAACAUAAGAGAAGAAAGUCGGAAAGGGAUCCGUCGGAAAGGUGGCCGUCGGAAAGUUCCCUAGCGAAAUGAAAAAAUAGGAAAAGUCACCGUUUGAAUUUUCGCUGGUGUUUUUUUCAUACCACCUGUUUUCAUUGUUCUCUGAAACAAAAAGGAAAUAGCGUAGAGAGUUCAUUCUUUGUGAGUCGUGCAGAACGGAAUAAACUUCAAAAAACGACCCAUUUAAUAACAUUCAAAGCUCAAAAACUCACUAUGGUGUCAUAUGGAGAAGUGCACUAUUCAGAACCGACUAUUGAGGACGAUUUGUUGAUUGAUGAGGCGCCGCCGGAGAUCUGGCGUGUUGCCAACGGAUCGACGACGCAGUCUCCGGAGUCACUGGGCCAUUGUCACGGCUGGGUAGACGAUUCUGGGGUCGAAGAGGAUCUGCCACAACAGGUUCGUGUGCUUCAUUUCAUAUUCUCAGACUUGGAAAAAUCUGAAAAAAAAGAAGUUUGAAUUGAAGCAUAGAUUCAGUAGCUCCACAUUGAGAUCAUUCACCCGCCUUUCCUUUUAGAAAUUCAGAUACAAGAGUUUUUUUUUUGGAAAUUUUGAGAAUACAGGCCUGUUUUUUUCUAUUAAAUGUCAAUUGAGAUUCGCGAACACAUGAUAAUUUUUUUGAUAUGUUUUUAUCGAAAAAGAUAAGGAAGAAAAAAAAUUUAAAAAAAAUGUGACGAUAAUGCUGACUCUAUAAAAAUUAUGAGGCCAAUGUCUCAACUUUCUAAACAAAAAGUAAGAUUAUUGAUUUUUUUGAAUAAAUAUUUGAAAAUCCUAUUGAUAUACUUUUUUGAAAUCAAAAAGUUAAAGUUUGAUGAGAUAAAUGAAACUUUUGAAAGGAUUAUGGUCAGCAUUUCAGCUAGAAAGUCUUUGCUAACAAGCAAGACUUCAAAACUUUUGAAGUGAACCUGUGUGUUGUUGAGGCAAAUUAUUAAACUGAAAGGAGGAUUUUUCGAAGUAAAACCCGAUUUAAAUCAUCCGGAUGGCAACUGUGAAGAGUUUCUGAUGUCCGAAUAUCUCAGCAAAAAAAGGGAGAUUGUCAGGAUAACGGCUUGAACUCUUCGUUAAUUUUUCCAGAAAAAAAUUCUCACAUUUUGGAUAUUCCUCAUGGAACGAGUAUGAAAAUUCAGUCGGAAGGAAAAACAAAAAACUUACGUAGCCGUAUUCUAUACAAAAUAGCAAAACUUCUUUCUUCAGAGGAUCUCAAUUAUUAAGGUUUAAGUUAUCUUUUUCUAAACUGAGCUGGACAUGGUUUCAUAUCACAGCAACAUCUGUCAUUUUCCAGAGUUGGAGAGGAGGAAUUCAAUUUGGUCGUGAUCUUUGAAUUCUUUGAUAUUUUCCCGGCUUUUCGCAGUGGUUGUAGUUUCUGAUCAUAAGAAUCUUGUCGUUUCUAGAAAUUCUUUUUCGGGACAGCACGGUAACAAAAUUCCGAAAAUCUAUCAUUGGCGGGUUUAAGAAACGGUUUUGUUAAAGUUCAUAAGAAUAUAGCUAGAACGGAAUUGCCUGUUUGUUUUUUUAAAACUUUUUAUUGCAUCUUCAAUGUAAAAAUACAUGUGCAAUCGACUUUCAUUGAAUUAAAUGUGUUUAAACGACGGCAGGAGCUGUGGCUUAGGCAGAGAAGCUGUGAAUUUCGCUCGUAGAACAUCAGGUACAAGAGAGGUCGUAGGAAGAAGUACGGUGAAACGGAAUUGCCAUUAGGAAAAAAAACUGUCCUCGUGGUUUUUUUCCAGCUCUUCUAGUUCAUGGGUCUGCACAACGUGACAAUCUCUGAAAUCGGUUUUCGUGACAACAUUGAGGUGAUCAGAAACUAGAAGACUGAGUUAUCGCGUGAGCUGCAUGACGUCGAAGCUUAUUUGAUAGCGUGUGAAUCAUCUGGGGCUCUAUUUAAUGUCAUUAUCGUCAUUAUUUCGCGUCGUUUCCGAUUUUCUUUAAUUUCUCGUCUUGCCUGGUUUCAGCCUUAUUUUGUCACUUUUUUUAUGAACUUUAGUGAAGCCGUGGCUAUCAUUUGUUACGUUAUUAUCUUAAUAAGUCAUUAUCAAGAGGCUAUUUUAAUCUCUCGGUGCUCACUCAUCAAGCUUUAUUUCUCACUUUACGUUUUUUUUUUUGCCGUUGAGAAGAGUUUCUUUUCUGACUAUUGACUCUGUAGAAAUGGCGAUUAUUGUUACGGCUUUGAACAAAGAAAAAAGCUCGACCGCGAUGAGUGAACCGCCUGAAGAGGAAGUCGAUCUCAAGUCUAGAACAUAUUCUUGGAGCAGUCAUUGCCAUGAACACAUUGAUCCUCAUGAGAAACAUAUCAAGGUAGUUUUAUUUUCCUUACUCCAUGGUUGCUCAAACGGACUUUCAUUGGUGUUCUUUACGAAAUGAAGAUAGGCACGCAGAAAAAAAAAAACCAGCGCUAGGAUCUUUUUAAAAAAAUUUCUUUGAAAAAAUUUAGGCUGUAGAAGCGGUUCAUAAAUAAAUCUGGAUAGCUGUCAUUUAGCAAUGAAACGUCGAUUACCAACACGCCUGAUCAAAACUAUUUAGGUUUUAGUGCUUCAGAAUUAUACAAAAUUAUUUUUGCAGGGUAGAAAAGCAGAACGAGUUCUGUGGGCUGUGGCGGCGCUUUCGGCGGUUUUCAUCGCCGCCGAGUUUGCCGGGGGCUUUUUUGCCUCGUCGCUCGCCAUCAUGACUGACGCCGGCCACAUGCUCUCCGACCUUUUGUCUUUUCUCAUCUCAAUCUUCGCGAUUCGUUGUGCUCGGCAGCCAGGUUUCUCAAAGUUGAGGACUUUUAUCUGAAUUUCGAGGUUUCCAGCUAGCAAGCGCCUUUCAUUCGGUUAUGAACGCGCGGAAGUUUUGGGAGCUAUGACCUCGAUCUUGAUUUUGUGGGUUCUGACGACGGUCCUCGUUUUGCUGGCCAUUGAACGAAUCGUCAACGGAAACCACGGUUUAUAUUGCCUUUCUCUUUCGUUAGAGAAAGUUAAACUUUAGUAAUCAACGCUGACAUGAUGCUGAUAACAGCAGGAGCCGGGGUGCUCUUCAAUAUUGUGAUGGGCCUUGUUUUGCACUUUGGAACGGGGGGUCACGGGCAUACUCACGGCGGCUCUCAUGGGUUAGUUUCAGUGGAAAAGUAUGAGCAUCAAGGAUUGGAAAUGUGCUAAGUAAGCCAACAAAAUUUUGGAAUAUCUAACGUGUUAUGUUUUAUUUUGUGUAUUUAAGAGAGUCCUAUGAAAAUAAAAUCUGAAAAUGAAGGAAAUAGCAUAGUCGUCCAUUUACGCUAAAAACGAUUCAAAUCCCACGAUUUGUUUUGUCAGUUAGCGUUUUAGCCCUUCUAAUUUGAUGAAGUAUUCUCAUUAUUGCGUUUACCGGCAUAUUUCACAUGAUUACAAAGAUUCUUUCAAGGCAUUCCCACGGAGGAGAUGCCGGAAAGAACGUCAACGUGCGCGCAGCUCUCAUCCACGUCAUCGGAGACUUGGUGCAGUCGAUCGGAGUUUUGGCGGCGGCCCUCAUCAUCAAGUUCACCGGAUGGACUAUCGCUGAUCCGAUCUGCACCUUUCUCUUCUCUCUGAUAGUUCUCUUCACUACAGUUACCGUUCUCAAAGACAUCUUCUUUGUUCUCAUGGAAGGUUUAGUUCCACAAAGUUUGAAAAAAAAAUCUGACUUUCCAGCCACGCCUAGUCACUUCGACUUGAAGGCCGUUAAGGAUGCGUUGAGUGAAUUGGACGGCGUCAAAGGCGUUCAUGACUUGCAUUUGUGGUCGAUUGGAAUGGACAAAACUGCCUUUUCUGUUCAUUUAGCCCUCGGUGGGUACUGAAUGGUGUUACAAUGCAUGGAUAUUUGUAACUGACUUUUCGCAGUUGGUUGAGAUCUUGAUUCAAAAAAUAAUUGUGUAGAAAGAAAGCUUUGAUCGUAAUUUGAACAUUUCAGACUCUCAAGACCGGGCGAUGGAGACGGUGGCGAAGGCGCGAGCGCUGAUCCGCAUGAAGUUCGGUGUUGCCGUGGCGACGGUCCAAGUCGAGCCCUUCGACGUGGGAAUCGACUCCUGUGUCCAAUGCAACUGAUCACUUCCUUUCCUAGUUCAAUUAGCAUCUUUUCUCCCCUUGUAAUCAUUAUGACUCCACUGCUUUUUGCUUUUUUGGUUUUUUUUUUUUCACGGGCACCUUCAUAGUAUUUCUAAUGGACUAGUUCAUAUACUCUUGUUCUUUUGAAUACGGGCUAAUUAUUUGAUUGCCUUCUGUUAAUUCUUCCUCAUCGGGUUUCUUGUGCUAAAACAACUAAUAAUGAUUGCUUAAUUUGAUUAUAUUCUGACGGAUAGCGCUGCAUAUAACAUUUGAAAAAAAUUUUAGACAUGCCAUUUUUAAUAUAUAUUUUUAUAUAUUUUACAAUAAAUUAUCUAUUUAGCUGGAUUUUUUCAACUGGUUGUGUCACAGAUUCUCAUGGCUUUUCCCUAAUUAUUUAUAAGUUAGUUCGAGGCGCGAUGAUGUUGGAUUUUCAGAGAAGAAAGCUUAAAAGAUAAAGAGUUUAAAAAAUGAUCGUGUGACGUUCGCCUUGUGCUUCGUCAUUUGUACGUUGUUUUCCAAACAACUUGAAGACUUAUAAAAACACAAGGCUGAGCUUAUAAGUGAUUUUAUCGGGAAACAGGUUCGCACUUUUGGACGCCGCCCUGUGUUUUCGAACAUCAUCUCAAGCUUUAAACAAAAAGUUUGAGCUUUCAAAUAUUCAGGCGAUGAAGUCGGUUUUCUCGACGUUGCUCGUGUUCUUUUCAAUGUUUGCCACGUCGUCUUCUUCGUUGUCUAUAUUUUGUUACUAUGUGUAUGUCUGAGACAUGCAGAACCAUCAAUAGUUAUAUUUGACGGUUCGGGCGACCAGACAUCGCCAAGGUGCCGACGGACAUCUGCACGCACAUCGCCUUGAUCGGUUCUACCUUUGUUGGAUCCUCCGGCCAGUUCGUUCCGCCACCAUCCUUUGGUUGAUUUUCGUAUUUCUGAAAAAAAGAAACAUAGUACUUGAAGUUUCCACUUCUUUUCUAUCUCUCAAACGACGGAACUCUGCUCUGAAACUUUUGCUCUGUCUUACGGGGCCGAAUCCAAACUUUUCUCUCCUCGUUUGUUUGAAGCCGCUGGCGCAAUAUAUCCCUCCAUUUCUAGGUUUCUUCGGAAGAGACGAUAGAAAGGUUCGUUACUGACAGCCACGAUUUCUUGACGGAGAAUGAACUUGAUGGGAUGGACAUCGACUGGGAGUUCCCGACGUGGAGCGCCGACGCACAACCGACCGACAAGCAGCGUUUUUCGACUCUUUUGCGUCAAUUGCGCUCCAGAUACGGGAAAAAGCUUCUGCUGACUGUCGCGGUCUCUGGUCCUCCAACCAUCACCAAGUUGGCCUACGACGUCGAGGCCCUGGAACGGUCCGCUUGAAGAUUAACUUAUACCCUCCGAUAGUUCAGAUAUGCGGACCUGGUCAACGUGAUGAACUACGACUUCCACAUCUUCUCUCCUAAGUUGCCUUUUGUCGGGUUCAACGCGCCGCUUCGCCACUUUAGGGCCGAAAUGUCCGUCCUUGGGCUCAUGAACUCGGUCAGAACUUUGCACUUGUUCCUGUACUCUGGUCACAUUCAGGAAGCCUCGAUGGCCACGUAUGCCAAGCUCGGCUUGUCCGCCAACAAGACUUUGUUCGGCGUUCCGACCUACGCGCGGGGCUACCGUCUGCUCACGCGAUUCCUACAUCGUCCAUUUUCUCCCGCCGUCGCCACAGACGAUCGCUUCACUAACUAUGCAGCUGUAUUUCAUUCUCCUUUAUCCAGGCAAAUUAGAGCUUUUUCAGGUGUGUCAGUUGGAAAAGAAUAGAAACUAUCAAAAAAGGUGGAACUCUCGCGCGGCAUCACCUUACCUCUAUGGUAAUUUCAAGCUGAGUUGACGAGUUUCUUUGAGUUUUCCAGGAAAAGACAAACUCUGGUUGUCAUACGAGACAAUGAGAAGUUUGAGUCAGAAGGUUCGAUUUGCCAGGAGUCUCGGCGUGGCCGGCAUCAUGGUCUACGAUAUUGGUUUGGUCUUUGUAUUCGGAAAUGUUUUUCAUCAAAAGUCUUUCUAGGAAGUGACGACGUGGGUGGCGAAUGCGGUCUUGGCCCUUUUCCCUUGCUUAAUUCCAUUCUGAACUCUACGAAAACUGGUCAAAUUUUAUGA